GAGUCCGUCAUGAUAUCUCCGGGGCGAGUAAAAACCAGGCACUUGAUUUCUCCCUAUCCUUCUCUCAAUCACCCAAGGCCGGGUAUUACCUGCCACGCUGUUAUCCCCAACAGUGCCAGGGGCUCUCGACACAGCAUUCACACGACAGUCGCUAUACCGAUCAGCGACUGCACUACCAGCCCUGCCCUCCUAUGCACGCCUAUCGACGCCUAUCGAUAGCCUAGCGGGCUUGACACGCGACGAGACGCGUCUGCGUCAUGCCCUUUGUCCACUAUACCCCCACUACGAGACUUAUGGGAUAGACAAGUCGGAACACCUGCUAGGUGCACAACGCCCUGUCGAGUAGUGGUUACACUGCCUGUCCUGUCGUAUCCAAGCCCGCCAUGGCCCCAACCUACCUCGAGACCCUCAGCCACUUCACCACCUUCCUCACAGCUUACACGCAUACGCUUCUCUACCUACGCACACUCUACCCGCGCGCCUCGUUUGUCCAAUCACGCUUCCACAAUGCCUCCGUCUACCAGUCACGGCAUCCGCUCGUCUGCGAAUGGAUAACCGACGCCAUCGCCUCUGUGCGCGAACAACUCUUGAACGGCAGCGUCGCCAAAAUUGCUAUCGUAGUUUUCAGCUAUGAGGGGGACCAGGAAAGUGCGACAGGCAGUGCAAAGAUAAUGGAGCGAUACAUGUUUGACGUCAGUAGCUUCCCAGUCGUGGACAAGGGAGAUCGCAACAUGGAAAUUGAGUGGCAAGGAACACCUGACGUGUCUGAUAAUGAAGACGAGAGUGGCAUCUUGAAGCGAGGAAAGACAAAGGCAUUGGAUACGGAUGUACAUGUAAAUCUCUCUGAGCAGUUUCGCGCGGCCUUGAUUGCCCUCGCCACACGCACUUCCACACUUGCCCCUCUCCCGCCUAACUGUUCGUUCAACAUUAGCAUGGAGCUCAAAGAUGAAGGUGACGUGGAUCCGCCAAUUGGACACCCACAGCCGUGGAUCCCAGUCCAACCCAGCCUACAGAAGACGGGCAGAACGGCAACCAUCCGAGAAGAGUUGGAGGAAGAAGAGUUUGAGUGCGGCAGGCGGUCAGAAAAGGAGGGAGGGGAUUUGGGCGGUGCAAAGGUAACGCCCAUACGCACUGUGCAAUCUGGUGUCUUUAGAUUCGAGACUUGGAUAGAAGAGGCCAAGGCAAAGUUACAGGCUGAUAGCACAAAGACGAGCCUUGCAAGCUCAAUGUAAAUGGAAUCAUGAUAAUUCAUUAUCCAGUUAUUGUU